AAGGAACAUUUGCUGCACACUUUUAUUAAUGGAGGCUCGUCUUAUGAAGUUGGUGGGCAAUUCACGUGGUUUAUUCUUAAUGCAGAAGCUGGGUUCGUUGAAUCUUAUGCCCUUACCCCCGCGUUUCCUCCUCCUCUACCACUCAGAAGCACAAAUCAAGUUCCUUCUCGGACCAAUCGAGCCCGAUACAUGCGUUUCAUUGAUCAAGCAAUGCAGAACCAUCCAAUCUUUGAAAUCCGUCCACGCUUCAAUGCUCAGAUCACAUCUUCACUCAAACCUCUUCUUCUCCACCAACCUCAUUUCUCAAUACGCCUCUCUAGGCUCCAUGUCUCAUGCCUACUCCAUCUUCUCUUCGAACCAAUCGUCGGAUGUCUUCCUCUGGAAUGUAAUGCUCCGUGGCUUCGUCGACAAUGGAUUAUAUAACCGUUCCAUGCUUCUGUACAGAAAAAUGCUACUACGGGGCAUUCAACCCGACAAUUUUACGUACCCUUUCAUUCUCAAGGCAUGUGGAUGUGUUAGGGAUCUUGAGUUUGGGGUUAUAGUUCAUGGUAACCUGAUAGAAUCUGGGUAUGAUUCAGAUGUCGUCGUUGGUAAUUCACUCGUUACCAUGUACGGUAAGUGUGAGCGUCUUGAUAUUUCUCGGCUAGUGUUCGAUAAAAUUGCUGAAAGAAAUAUAGUCUCUUGGAGUUCAAUGAUUGGUGCAUGUGCACAGAAUGGGCAAUACGAGGAAGGGCUAUCGUUGUUCUCGCGAAUGUUGGAUGAGGGAAUCAGACCAAACAGGGCUCUUAUCUUAAAUGUGAUGUCCUGUGUACACAGAGAAAACGAUGCUGAUGAUGUCUGUAGAAUUGUGAUAGAUCAUGGAGUUGACUUGGAUCGGCCUGUCCAAAAUGCAGCAAUGGGGAUGUAUGCGCGAUGUGGGAGAAUUGACAUCGCUCGAAGAUUCUUUGAUGGAAUCCUCGAGAAGGAUUUGAUGUCUUGGGCAGCCAUGAUUGAAGCUUAUGUGCAAACUGAUUUGCCUCUUACAGCCUUAGAGCUCUUUAAACAGAUGGUAUUGGAAAGAAUCCCUCUUGAUUCCGUCAGCCUUUUGAGUGUGAUUCAUGCUUGUUCAAAUUUAGCUUCUUUCCAGCAAGCACGCUUCAUUCAUGGGUUCAUUACUCGGAGAUUUCUUGAAAACCAAAUAUCAGUUGAAACUGCUUUAGUUGACCUCUAUGUUAAAUGUGGAAAUUUGUUAUAUGCUAGGAACAUUUUUGAUAACAUGCGGGAAAGAAAUAUAAUCUCAUGGAGUACCUUAAUUUCAGGAUAUGGAGUACAUGGCCAUGGCAGAGAAGCGCUCUACCUAUUUGAUCAGAUGAAGGACUCGAUAAAGCCUGACCAUAUUGCAUUUCUAUCGGUGUUGUCUGCCUGCAGUCAUGGUGGGUUGCUUGUGGAAGGAUGGGAGUGCUUCAAUUCCAUGAGUAGAGAUUUUAACGUUACACCAAGAUCUGAGCAUUAUGCAUGUAUGGUUGACCUGUUGGGUCGAGCUGGUCGGCUGAAUGAAGCUCAUGAUUUUAUUGAAAGAAUGCCUACGUGGCCAGAUGCUGGUGUCUGGGGAGCAUUGCUUGGAGCAUGUAGAAUUCAUUUAAAUGUAGAACUCGCUGAAGUUGCUGCAAAAUCUUUAUUUCAGUUAGAUUCAGAUAACCCUGGUCGGUACGUUCUAUUGUCCAACAUUUAUGUGUCAUCAGGCAAAAGGAACAAAGCUAAUAUGAUUAGAGCUCUGAUGAAACAAAGAGGGUUGAGGAAAAUUGCUGGCCACACAAUUAUAGAGAUUAAGAACAAGAUCUAUACAUUUGUUGCUGGGGAUCAGUCACACCCACAAACUAAUUUGAUAUAUUCUGAAUUGGAGAAAGUGAUGCAUAGGAUUCGACAGGCUGGGUAUACACCUGAUCUGAACUUUGUAUUGCAUGAUGUGGAGGAAGAGAUGAAGGAGAAGCUAUUGUAUGCGCAUAGUGAGAAGUUGGCAAUUGUGUUUGGGCUACUGAAUACAGGGUCAUCUAGUACCAUUAGAAUUAGAAAGAAUCUUAGGGUUUGUGGGGAUUGUCAUACUGCUACAAAGUAUAUAUCUAAGGUUACGGGAAGGGAUAUCAUAGUGAGAGAUGCUCACAGAUUCCACCAUUUUAACAAAGGAACAUGCUCUUGUGGGGAUUAUUGGUGAUGUGUUAUGGUCUGAUUCUAGUAUUGCCAACAUAUUUGUGCUUUUACUGGAGGAGAAAUGCUGCGAACUAUGACCAGGCUGGGGUAUUUUGCAUAGUCGGAAUGCAUGUAUUUGUGGAGGAAGAUCCUGGGAUACUAAGGAAGGUACAGAUAGGGCUACCAUGAUGCUUUAGAGCUAUAGAAAGGUCAACUGAACAAAAGUUCUGAUUGCAUAACGACAAGAUUUUGUGGAUGGGACUAUAAAUUUUAAUAUUCAAGGGCUGGAAUUGGGGCUGUUCUUGGAGAUGAAAUAAGGCAAUGCAAUGAUGGCAUUGAGCGGGAACAGAAAUGCUGUUGAGGAUAUGGAAGAUAUUGA